AUAUAGACAGGCUUGUGGCCCUCAACCCGUCUUUCGAGACGCACACACUCCUAGGGUAAGGAUGGGGAAUUCCCAGCAUUGACCCAGCCUGCUGAGCAGGGUGGGGCGGACCAAACUCCUGACAUGUGGAGCACACCCUCCUGUUUGGCGCUAGGUGGAGCCAAGUUGGCCCCCUCCCUGGGAGACGAAGGUCACGUGACAUCCAGCCCACCAAUCAGAAGUGAAGACUCCACAGGGCCCGCCCAUCUUCCUCCCUCUUGGCGCCCGGAGCUUCUCUGAGGUAGCCUCGGCCGCCGCGCUCUCCUGUUUCUGAGUGAGAACCUGGCCUUGUGGCCACCCUGUCGUGCUGUGAGAAGAAGCAGAAGCCACAGCAGGGUGAGAUGCCCGCAGGGCGGAAGAAGAAGGUCGCCUCUGCCCCUGACGACACCCGUGGGACUGAAAACCCUGAUCCCGGUGCCUUGGUCCCCACAGUCUCGAGCAACCCAUCUCCGUCAGGUGGCGGCGCCCCAGGCGGUGACACAGCAGGUUCCUCAUCCUGCGAGGUGGCUGCUGCUGGCGGCAUUUCGCUCACUGGGGAGGACCCGGGGCCCCCCUCCAUGGACAGUGUGCAGGAAGGGGGGUGCCCCGACCUCCAUGGCGGCAGGAGUCCCCACGCGGAGCUGAGCUGUGUGGUGCCCAGGAGGGGCCCAGGCGUCCAGACAAUGCCUGUGCUCAGUGGGGCCGCCGUCUCGCAAGCCGCUUGGGGCGCUGGCCAGCGUCCGACCCAGACCACGAGCCCAGGGAAUGGACGUGGGAGGAAGCGGCCCAGCCGCGAGGAGGCUUCCGGGUCUCUGAAGCUUCCACGGCGCUGUCUGUUUUCCGGAGAUGAGGUGUCCCCGUGGUCGGCGUCUUCGCCGCCAUCUUCUCCAAGGUCUGAGCCCAGCAGCGGCGGCCAUUUUCAGGUUUCUCUGUGGAGCCACGCAUCACAGCCAGAUCCUGUCCUCCAAAGCCAGGCUAAAGCACCAGGCCCUGCUCUCCGCAGUCAAGCAGUCAGACCAGGUCCAGCCCUCCGCCGCCGCGCCACCCAGUCUGGCCCUGCUCUCCGCAGCCGUGCAUCGGUGCAACGCCUUGCUCGCCGGGGCCGCACCACCCCGUCGGGUCCCGUUCUCCGCAGUCAGGCAACCAGGCUAGGCCCUGCUCUCCGUAGCCACGCAUCCGGGUCCAGCGCUGCUAUUCGUAGCCGUGCAGCUGAGCAGAGCCCUACUCACCACCACCACCUUGCACCCGAACCAGGCACAGCUUGCUGCCGUCUAUCCGGGCAGGGCGCUGCUCUCUGGCGCCAAGCAUCAGCACCAGGCCCUGCUCAUCGCCACCGCCGUGCUUCCGCGCCAGGCCCUGCUUCCCGCCGCCGUGCAUCUGGGACAGGCGCUGCCAUCAACAACGACUCCAGCUCACCAGGCCCUGUUCGUCGCCGCCGCCGUGCUUCUGCGCCAGGCCCUGCUUCCUGCCACCGUGCAUCUGGGCCAGGCGCUGCCGUCAACAGCCACUCCAGCCCUCCAGGCCCUGCUCAUCGCCGCCACGGUGCUUCAGUGCCAGGCCCUGCUUCCCGCCGCCGUGCAUCUGGGACAGGUGCUGCCAUCAACAACGACUCCAGCUCACCAGGCCCUGCUCGUCGCCGCCGCCGCCGUGCUUCUGCGCCAGGCCCUGCUUCCCGCCGCCGUGCAUCUGGGUCAGGUGCUGCUGUCAACAACCACUCCAGCCCGCCAGGCCCUGCUCGUCGCCGCCACCGUGCUUCUACGCCAGGCCCUGCUUCCGGCCGCCGUGCAUCUGGGCCAGGCGCUGCUGUCAACAACGACUCCAGCCCUCCAGGCCCUGCUCACCGCCGCCGCUGUGCUUCUGCGCCAGGCCCUCCUUCCCGCCGUCGUGCAUCUGGGCCAGGCGCUGCCGUCAACAACGACUCCAGCCCACCAGGCCCUGCUCGUCGCCGCCGCCGUGCUUCUGCGCCAGGCCCUGCUUCCCGCCGCCGUGCAUCUGGGCCAGGCGCUGCCGUCAACAACCACUCCAGCCCGCCAGGCCCUGCUCACGGCCGCCGCCGCGCUUCAGUGCCAGGCCCUGCUUCCCGCCGCCGUGCAUCUGGGAUAGGUGCUGCCAUCAACAACGACUCCAGCGCACCAGGCCCUGCUCGUCGCCGCCGCCGUGCUUCUGCGCCAGGCCCUGCUUCCCGCCGCCGUGCAUCUGGGCCAGGCACUGCCAUCGACAACCACUCCAGCCUGCCAGGCCCUGUUCUCCGCAGCCGCACGACUCCAGGCUUUGUCCUCUGGAGCCGCGCCACCCAGCGAAGAUCAGCCGCUAGCAGGAGCCCUUCUCUGCCUUCAUCCCCUGCGUUCGACUUAAGGCUAGCCUUCGAGGGAAGCUCAAGCUCUUCUGAUUUUGAGGUCCCAAACCUUGCUACCCAGCAGGUUUGGCAUGCAGUUCGUAUGCGUGCCUCCUCACCGUCACCGACACCUCCUGAGUCAUAUGGUGAGGGUUUCUCCUCCUCCUCCUCCUCCUCCUCCUCCUCCUCCUCUUCUUCCUCCUCCUCCUCCUCCUCUUCCUCCUCCUCCUCCUCCUCUUCCUCCUCCUCCCCCUCCUCCCCCUCCCCCUCCUCCCCCUCCCCCUCCUCCUCCUCCCCCUCCUCCUCCUCCUCCUCCUCCUCCUCCAACUCUGUUCUUUGGUCUCUGGACCAGAGUCCCUCCUCCUCCUCCACUAAUUCUUCUGGCACGAGUUCCAACUGGUUUACUGGCCUGAGGUCCAUCUCUACUCCUAGCCCCGCUAGCCUUAGGCGCAUCUUUCUGCCCGAGUGUGAUGUCCCGAGCCCUCUCUUUUCAGGAGAGCCGGCUGAAGUAGGGAGCAUGCCUCCCUCUCCUACAUCUCCUAUGUUGUGAUCCUCCAUGAGCAUACUCAUAAGGCCUGCAAAAGAAAUCAACAUCCACCCACUGUCCUGAAUGGGCUGCCUGCUCUGCCAGUUAACUGUGAGGUUUCCAAGUGCUCUAGCUAUUAAGCAACAUCAUGAGCAGUUUUGAAGUUGUUGUUUGAAGAGGCAGUUUUGAAGCCUCCCUUCCCCAUAAUGGCACUACCUAGCACUUAUCUGCUGUUGGCACUUGAUUCCAGUACCCCCUUAUCCCCCAAAAGGGCCUGCCUUGGCCUCUGAGAUUUCCCUUUUCCAAGUUGCCUUUCCCUAAUUAACUUUGUGUGUGAACAAAUUAAAAUGUUGGUUUCAU